AAGCCAGGGGAACAGAGGCGAGACGAGCGCUUCCCUCCUGCGUGCGCUCGCUCUGUCGUCGUCGUAUGGGCCAGUGCGCAUCGAGGAGGGCGAGGCGGGCACGCGGCAGACGGUGGCGAGAAGAUGAGGACGCGGCGUCGGACAAGGUCGGUUGCCUCGCGGUGGCGAAGGAGAAGCGGUCCAGGUUCUACAUCCUGCGGCGGUGCGUGGUGAUGCUUCUCUGCUGGCACAAGUACGGCAAGUGCUGAACCCCAUCCUGACGGCGCCAUGUUCCCUCGUUGCUUCACGCUUCCCUCAUCUGCAGAUGGCCUUCUUGAGUCCGAAGAGAAGCAACGAAGAAAAACAGGCUUAUUAUAUAUAAGCAAGCAGAGAAGUGGUGAAAUCUUUUGUUGCAACAUUCUUUCAACUAUUGGGUUCCUAUUGAGCAGAUGUCUUUUGCUGCAAGCUUCUUUGAACAAUUGUGUUCCAAUUGGACAAGUAUUUUGUUUCGUCAGAGUACUGUGAAAUAAAUUAUUAAUGAUUUCAUCAACACCAACAA